UUAAAUUAAAAAAACAUUAAACAAAAGAAAACGAAGACCAACCUUACUCAAGAAACUAUGACGAUCUAAUUGAUGUUACAACUUAUGCUGAUGCUCAUGAUGACGAAAAUGAUGUAUCUCUGGCCUUCUUUCUCUGCGGACAGACUUCACCAUUCUUAGCCUUCCCAUUGACUCGGCCUUGAUGUUUGUGUUUGGAACUCUGUGUGCUUCCUGAGCAGUAUCUUUCUCUCACAACAAAGUCUCAAAGUCCACCACUUAUGGUGUCAAGGUGUUAGAAUGCUGAGAAUGAGAGUCUGUGGAUGUGUCAUUGCUCUGUUGUGUUCUUGCUUCGUCAUCCUUGCGGUUGCACAGGUUACACAUCCUUCUGAAGUCAAUGCAUUGAGAGCAGUUAAGAGCAGUUUAAGCGAUCCUCGGAAGCAUCUCAAGAACUGGAACAAUGGGGAUCCUUGUAAAUCUCAUUGGACUGGAGUUUUUUGUUUGAAUACUGUUGGGGCUGAUGGGUACUUGCACCUUGAGGAACUCCAACUGCUGAACAUGAAUCUCUCAGGAAGUUUAGCACCUGAGCUUGGCCAACUAUCUCACCUUCUAAUAUUAGAUUUCAUGUGGAAUGAAUUAAGUGGCACUAUACCAAAGGAGAUAGGAAACAUGACAUCCUUGAAACUCUUGCUCUUAAGUGGAAACAAAUUAUCCGGUUCUUUACCUGAUGAGCUCGGUUACCUUUCAAAAUUAAAUAGGCUACAAGUUGACCAAAACUAUAUGUCAGGUCCAAUACCAAAAUCAUUUGUUAACUUGGUCAAUGUGAAACAUCUCCACAUGAACAACAACUCCUUCAGUGGUCAAAUUCCGUCUGAGCUUUCUAAAGUACCCACUCUUCUUCAUUUGCUUUUUGAUAAUAAUAACUUAUCUGGAUAUCUUCCACCAGAAUUAUCCAACUUACCAAACUUGCGAAUACUUCAAUUUGAUAACAACAACUUCAGGGGGACUGAGAUUCCAGCUUCUUAUGGAAACUUUUCCCAAUUAGCAAAAAUAAGUCUUAGGAAUUGUAGCUUGCAGGGAGAAAUUCCUGAUUUUAGCAGGAUACCUAACCUUCUUUAUCUAGAUCUAAGCUGGAAUCAACUGAGUGGAUCCAUACCUUCACAUAGACUCUCUCACAAUAUGACUACAAUCGAUCUGUCAGAUAACCAGCUUAAUGGAUCUAUUCCUGAGAAUUUCUCUGAUCUUCCUUCACUUCAGAAAUUGUCACUCGAGAAUAAUUUCUUGACUGGUUCUGUCCCUGCUAUAUGGUGGAACAUAUCUUUUAGUACAAGAGCAAGACUUAAACUUGAUCUCCGGAACAAUUCACUGUCGAACAUAUCGGGAGAGCUAAAUCCUCCAGCAAAUGUCACCUUGAGGCUUGAAGGAAAUCCUAUUUGCAAGAAUUCAAGCAUACAAAAUGUAGGCCAGUUCUGUCGAUCCGAAGCUGGAGGAGAUGGAAUCCCUGAUAGUUCAACAAAUUCAACUCCAAAAAUGACCUGCCCUAGUCAAGCAUGCCCAAUAGAUAAUUUCUACGAAUAUGUCCCAUCUUCCCCAGUGCCAUGCUUUUGUGCAUCACCUAUAAUAGUUGAAUAUCGUCUGAAAAGCCCUAGUUUUUCUUAUUUUACUCCAUAUAUUCAGAAGUUUGAAAUAUACUUCACUAGAUCUCUCAACUUGAGCCUUUAUCAACUAUUUAUUGAUUCAUUUGUCUGGCAAGAAGGACCUCGUCUACGGAUGCAUUUGAAGCUUUUCCCUAUGUUCACUAAUCCCCACUCAAAUACUUUCAACUUUAGUGAGGUUCAUCGAAUUAGAGGAGUUUUAACAUCGUGGGAACUUCCUCUAACUGAUUUCUUUGGACCUUAUGAGCUUCUCAACUUCACUCUGCUGGGACCUUAUUCAAAUAUGAUCGUUGGGCAAAGAAGGAUGGGCAUUAGGAAGGGAAUUUUGGCAGCUAUUAUAAUAGGGGCAGUUGCAUCGUUUGUCAUUCUUUCUGCAACUGUCAUGCUUUUGAUCACAAGAUGCUUGAGACACCGGGACAGACCACCUUCUAGGAGACAUUCAUCCUCGAAGAUUACAAUGAAAAUUGAUGGCGUAAAGGCGUUCACUUUCAAAGAAAUGACACUAGCUACCAGGAAUUUUGAUAGUUCAACUCAACUUGGACGAGGAGGUUAUGGGAAAGUUUACAGAGGUAUUUUAUCUGAUGACACAAUUGUAGCCAUAAAGCGUGCGGAAGAAGGAUCCUUGCAGGGUGAAAAAGAAUUCUUGACCGAGAUAGAACUGUUAUCGAGAUUACAUCACCGAAACUUGGUCUCUUUGGUGGGAUAUUGUGAUGAAGAAGGGGAGCAGAUGCUGGUUUAUGAGUUCAUGCCCAAUGGUACCUUAAGGGACUGGCUUUGUGUUAAGGCCAAGGGAAGCCUGAGCUUUGGUAUGAGGUUACAGAUUGCAUUGGGUUCAGCUAAAGGCAUUCUUUAUCUCCAUAAUGAGGCAAAUCCUCCCAUAUUCCACCGAGACAUUAAAGCCACCAACAUACUUCUGGACUCCAACCUUAUGGCUAAAGUAGCCGAUUUCGGACUCUCACGGCUUGCUCCUCUACAGGAUGAUGAAGGGACCGGACCUUCAUAUGUAUCUACAGCUGUGAGAGGAACACCGGGUUACCUGGAUCCAGAGUACUUUUUGACAAGUAAGUUGACAGACAAAAGCGAUGUCUAUAGCCUUGGGAUUGUGUUUCUGGAGCUCUUGACUGGUGUGCUGCCAAUAUCACAUGGCAAAAACAUUGUUCGUGAGGUGAAUCUAGCUCAUCAGGCCGGGUUGAUGUUCUCCAUUAUAGACAGCAGAAUGGGCUCCUAUCCGUCGGAAUGUGUAGAGAGGUUCCUAGCUUUGGCCCUUAGAUGUUGUUAUGAGAAGCAAGAUAAGCGGCCAGCAAUGCUGGAAGUGGUGAGGGAGCUUGAAAACAUAAUCAAAAUCAUGCCGGCAGCUGACACCAUAUUUUCACCAUCUGCUGCCUCAUACAGUGACCAAUCACCAACCUCAUCAUCCUACUUGACUAGAGACACAUCCUAUAUGUCCUCCAGUGUUGUAGGAAGUGAUCUUUCCAGUGGUGUCGUCCCAACCAUCGCGCCUCGAUGAUGAAAAAUCUCCUCACAUGCUAGUCACGUGAUGCUGUAUAUAUUUGCGUAGUAUGAAAAGAAGUUAUCCUUGAGGAGAAUCUAGGGGGUUUCUUUGAACCCUUUUCUCCGUUUUCCAGAUUACAGACAGAAAAAUAACAUCUUGUAGCUGAGUUUCGGAUCUAAAAUGUAGUUUUGUCUCGGUUUUUUUGGCUAUCUAGAGAACGAAAAUGUGAGUAAUAAUGAGUAGUGUAGUGUAUGUACAUAAGUUAGCAUUUGAGAUGUUGUUGUAGUGUAACAAAAGAAUGAUGGUCAUUUUACUGCGUACUGAAUUUUGAGUUGUUAGUUGUUGCUAACAGUAACUGAGGCAAAA